GGCGCAGCACCGCCGGCACUUGGCGGGUCCUCCCGGUCGGUAACGGCCGCCAGGAGGCGCUGCUCGCCCUGCGGAGGGCCGCUCCGUCCUGCACCGCCGUCAGCUCAGUGGCUGCCGUGACCUUCGCUCUUUGACCUCGUUACCGCUGGGGGCGGAGCCGGCGGCGGGGACAUGGCCAAGUACCUGGCACAGAUCAUCUUGGUGGGGGCCCAGGUGGUCGGGCGGGCCUUCAUGCGGGCGCUGCGUCAGGAGUUAGCAGCAAGCCGAGCAGCAGCCGAUGCCCGAGGGCGCUCAGAGAGGCCCCAGUCUGCUGCCGCCUCCAGGAUCACCGGCAUCAGUCUCCAGGAAGCUCAGCAGAUCCUCAAUGUCUCAAAUCUCAACCCAGAGGAGAUUCAGAAGAACUAUGACCACUUGUUCAAGGUGAAUGACAAAUCGGUGGGAGGAUCCUUCUACCUGCAGUCCAAGGUGGUGAGAGCCAAGGAGCGGCUGGAUGAGGAGCUUCGCAUCCAGGCCAAGGAGGAGAAGGGUCGGAAAGCUGAGACGUGACUCCUGCUGCUCCUGCUCCAUUUCCCUUUCCUUUAACUUAUAGCUAGCCAAUAAAUACCAAUACAUCCAA